CAGACCACCACUUCCAAUCCUUCAAUUUAUUUCACAAUAUCGUCUUAACAUGAGCCGACAAUGGCUCUUUUAUCAUCAAAGACCCUCAUUCAAGGACACGCUCUGUUCCUUUUCCUCCUCGCCGUGUACCUCACCAAAUCCCCGAAUGUCAUCAUCGAGUCUGAUCUCGUGUUUAUGCUGGGAGAGCUCCUGCACAUAGAUGCAGCACCCAGCUUCUCCCGCCCCCAAUCCCCCUUCGCCCUCUGCGGUAUCCUCCUCGUAGCCGACGCCCUCGUCGACCUCGUCCUCAUCACCAAAAUCCCGACAAUCAACGAAAUCAUCGCCACCGCAGAAGCAUCCCGCUACCAAUCCUCCGUGACAACCCCGGGCGUGAUGCGCGCAAACCCGUUCGUCACGCGUCUGGCCACACUAUACAGUGAGAUUUGGACGUUGCUGUCUGCUUCGCGGUUCUGUUUGUUCUUUGCGGUGUCGUUUUUCGUUUAUCAGAGUAAUCCGGUGGCUUGGGGUGUUGAGACUGGGUCUGGGCUGGAUCAAUUGAAGAAUCGGGUGAUUUUUACGUAUGGGUUUAUGGAGAUGAUGUUUUGGCUUUGGAUUUACCUCACUCUCCGGGAGGAACGACAGGAAUUGGUUUCUCGAUUUGUGGAGCAUGAUGAAUAGACUGGGUACUUUUAUACUGAUUAAUAGAGCCAUAGAAUUACUCGAUUUUAAUACAUUCCUACGGUCCCAACC